CAGAACGUACAGUUUGAUGGUGACGGUGUUAACAUAACCUAAUGAGAUUUAAAAUGAUCUCAUUUUUAAUUUUUAAUUUUUUAGUUAUAUGUAGUUUUAAUUUAGUUUUUAAUAUUUAUUCUGAAAAUGUUGGAUAUGUUUUAUAUUGUCCAUGUAUGGGACGCUUUGGGAAUCAAGCUGAUCAAUUUUUAGGAGCUCUUGGUUUCGCAAAAGGUAUUGGUCGAACACUCGUGUUACCUCCAUGGGUUGAAUAUCGAUAUGGCGAAUCAAAGUCUAUUCAAGUUCCAUUUGACACAUACUUCCAAGUUGAACCACUUCAAGAAUAUAUUCCAGUAAUGACAAUGGAACAAUUCAUGGAAAAAUUGGCACCUACAAUAUGGCCACCAAAUAAACGUAUUUCAUUUUGUUAUAUUCCACGUGGUGGUACUGGAAAUUGUAAUGCAAAAGAAGGCAGCCCAUUUGGACCAUUUUGGGAUACAUUUGAAGUGGAUUUUGUUGGCUCAGAAUUUUAUGAGCCGUUACAUUACGAUACGUAUCAUAGGAGCAUGGCAAAACAAUGGAUAGCAAAGUAUCCAAUUGAUAAAUGGCCUGUACUUGCUUUUACUGGAGCACCUGGUAGUUUUCCGGUUCAAUUGGAAAAUCGUCAUUUACAUAAAUAUUUAAAGUGGAGUUCAAAUAUUUUAGAACAAGCUGAAAAAUUUGUGAAAGAAAAUUUACCAAAAGGGGCGUUUGUUGGAAUACAUUUAAGAAAUGGCAUCGAUUGGAUGAGAGCUUGUGAACAUGUGAAUCAUAGUCCGAAUUUAUUUUCUGCUCCACAAUGUUUAGGAUAUCGAAAUGAAAAGGGAGUUGCUACUCAUGAAAUGUGCCUUACAUCGAGGGACGUAAUCAUACGACAAUUGAAACGAUUAUUGAAGAAAAUGAAAGAGGUGAAAUCAGUAUUCGUUGCAUCCGAUCAUAAUCAUAUGAUAGAGGAUUUUAAUAAACAUUUACGGCGUAUGAAUGUUUCUGUUCAUAAAUUACCCGAAAGUAAUCCGCAUGUUGAGCUAGCAAUUUUAGGAUUAUCAAAUCAUUUCAUCGGAAAUUGUAUAUCGUCAUUUUCAGCGUUUGUGAAACGUGAACGAGAUACUAUGAAUUUACCAUCAUCAUUCUGGGCAUUUCCGAAUGAAAAGAUUUUUCGUGAUGAAUUAUGA